ACGUCAAUGACUCUGACAUACAUACACGUGACAGUUGUAGUUCUAUUGAAUUUCCCCUCUCCCUCAAUAUAUAUUUUUGUAUACUCUUUCCCGCAUUCUGUAUAUAUAAAUAUAUCGGAUUGUCUGUUGGUCUCAUGUCCGUGUGAAAGUGAUGCGAAGAAGCUAUUGACUUGACCAUGCCGGAGGUGGGCUUUCAGGAGCGGACGUCGUCGACAGGCGCCGGCUCGAGAGGCCGCGAAGCUAGCCCUGACUCCGUCAUCUUCAACCUCGAAUCCAACUUCUUCAGCCUCUUCUCCUCUGCUUCAGCCAGCGUCGACCGCUGCUCUUUUACUUCCGACGCCCACGAUCACGAUUCCGUCCCCUCUGAAAUCUCCCUUUGUUUGGUAGGACCCGACCAUGGCGAUCGCCACGAGAGCUCGAGUCAUCCAGAUCCUAAUAAACGCACAGGACACAACAAGAAGCACAGUCGCUUCUUUAGAAAAGGAGAAAAAGCCAAAGUCGAAAAGGAAGACAGCGACGCAGAUUUUGAAGACGAAAGUCCGCCUCUUGAUUCUGCAAGGAGCUCCUUCUCUCUAGCUCUCAAAGAAUGCCAGGAUCGGAGAUCCAGAUCUGAAUCUCUAUCCGAGAAGCUAGAUAGACGAAGACCCGCUUCGUUGGAUCUGAACAAUGUUACCGCCGCUUACUCCUCCUCUCCGCGGCUGGCAACCUUGAAGAAAAGCUCAGUGGUUGCGUCUCGCAAGUGUGGUAUGUUUCCGAGUCCCGGGACACCGAAUUAUCGGCAGGCGAGCAUCGGAAUGCAAAAGGGUUGGAGCUCGGAGCGCGUUCCUUCACAUACAAGUGCUAACCGGAGGCAUGCGGCCAAUGCGGCAUUGCUGCCUUUCAACAAUGGAAGGUCGACGUUGCCUUCGAAAUGGGAAGACGCAGAAAGGUGGAUUUUCAGUCCGGUUUCGGGAGAUGGUGUUGCAAGGCCUUCGUUUCAGCCACCGCAGAGGCGGCCCAAGUCUAAGAGUGGUCCACUCGGUCAGCCUGGGAUUGCGUAUUACUCGAUGUAUUCUCCGGCGACGCCGAUGUUCUAUGGGGGUAAUGUUGCGGCUUCUCCGUUUUCGGCCGGUGUGGUAGCAGCGGACGGAUUGGCGAUACAUUCUAAUGGCAAUGCUGGAGUUCCUGGGGGAACAGAGCCUUUCAUUGCACGUUCAGUUAGUGUGCACGGCUACUCUGAGAUGCUGAGCCAAGCAUCAUUGCCUGGAUUACAAGAUGAAAAGCUCGAUAGGCUCAAGGAUACAGGGACUGACAUAUCCUUGGGUGUUUCAAGAAGGGACAUGGCAACCCAGAUGAGUCCACAGGGUAGCAGUCACUCAUCUCCACACAGGAGGCUUUCUUUCUCUGCCUCCACUCCCUACUCCCCUCCUAUUGUGCAGUUGCAUAGCCAACCAUCAUCUAAAAUGGAAGUUAGGGAUGUCCCGGUAGAUGAACGUGUCACUGUGACCAGGUGGUCCAAAAAACAUAGAGCUCGGCUCCCUGGGAAGAGCUCAGCUAAUGUCGAUGACUGGAAAAAGAAAGGUGUGGGUACUCAACCUUCCAUGUUGGAUAUAAAGAGCAUUUCCAGGUCAAAAAGAGAGGAAGCCAAAAUCACAGCAUGGGAGAACCUGCAGAAGGCAAAAGCUGAGGCAGCAAUACGAAAACUGGAGAUGAAGCUGGAAAAGAAGAGAUCGUCAUCCAUGGAUAAGAUAAUGAACAAGUUGAUAUCAGCUCAGAAGAGAGCUCAAGUUAUGAGGAGCUCAGUGUUGGCCAGUCAGGCCAAUCAAGUUACUAGGACUUCCCAUAAGGCUCUCUCAUUCCGCAGAACCCGUCAGAUAGGCUCCUUGAGUGGCUGUUUCACCUGCCAUGCUUUCUAAGGCCCCAUCCAGCCAUCUAUUAUUACAUUUUACCAAUAAUAGCAGAUUUAGAGUUGAAUGGGAAAUGAGGGGGGCAAGAACAUGAUUGAUGCUGUACAGCAGAGCAAAAAAGAAAAGUAUAUAUUAUUUUGACACUGAUUUGGUGUCAACUUAGUAUUUGUGGUGCACUAAAGCACCAGUUCUUCCACCAGGCACCAAGUUCCUGAUAACAUUUGAGAAUCCAAUUACUGUAUUAUUGUGGAUUCAAUGGUUAGGAACACAUAUGUAAUGUAUGUAAAUCAAUCAACCUUUAGAUUUUUCCUUUUGGGGGUUACCCUUUCACCUUGAUAGGUUGUGGGACCAAUGGAGAUGUUGCAUUAUUAUGAUCUAUACUUUAAUUUUUGAAGUUCGUCCAAA